AUAAAUUAAGGUACCCUUAUUCACAAACGUAACUAAUUAAAUUGCAGGGCCUAUAUGGUCGAAUAUACUGUUGGAGGACAUUUGUUAAUUCAUUUUAGUAGUAAUAUAAAUUAGUGAAAUGCUUACUCCUGUCGUUUGAUAACUAUGUUCAGCAAUUCAAAGGGCAGUAUGUUGGUAUCAAUUUUGAUAAUACUUGGAUAGUAUAAUUUUUUAAACAGGCCUGUUUCGUUAGAAAUUAUAAACAUUGUGGUAAUAAUUAAAAGAUUUAUCUUGAGUAGAGUUUUCUUCUCCAACUUGAAUUAAUGAGUUACAAAAUAUUAUAUCCACAUUUGAUGAAAUUGUUUAUAGUGUAACAUAAUAAAUUGUAUUUUAAACGAACAGAUCGGCAAUUCAACAAUGGCCAAAACACGCAAGCCCCGUGUUCCAAUAAAAUGUCCAAUAUGUGAUGUAAAAUUGAAAAAUUUAUUAGCUCGUAGUCGACAUAUGAGACAAGCCCAUUACACAGUUCGUGAACAAUGUAAAUUCUGUGGUGUCCCGUACACAAGAAAAAGUAUACGAAGACAUGAAAGACAAUGCGGAAAGAAAUCACAUCAAGAAAGAACCAGAAGACUGUCUGUAAAAUGCGAAUAUUGCGAGGAAAUAUUCGUAACAUCAAUAAUGAGAAACACUCAUGUCGUACAGACACAUAACGAACGACCAGAGAUCACGAAAUGUGUACCCUGCAAUCGAUUGUAUGCAUCAAAAUCUCUUUACCAAAGGCAUAUGAAAAAGUUUCACAGGCUUCGUAGGAACUGCGAUGUGUGUGGAAAGGUAUUCCAGAGUAUCACAAGCUACGAAAAGCACCUGGAAAAAGGUCAUGCAGAUCCCCCGACAUCAGACUUGAAUCAACUUCGAUCAGAACUUAACAAGAAGGACUAUUUAGAGUUCAAAAAAUCGGGACAGCAUAUUAAACCUUCGUUAUCCUAUGUUUCUGAUUUGGUUCAACGACUCGGCCCUUAUUACUUAAGUCUGACAGAAACGCAAAUUCUCCGAGUUCUGUGCAACAAAGUUCUCCAUGAAGAUCCCAGCCACAUCGAUAUGGAACAAAGACACAAGGAAGGAUAUGGAUAUGUAUUGGAGGAUGGUGACAAACAAUCUAGAUAUGAAUUACUCACAUCAGAACAACUAGGUAUGCUGUUAAAAUAUAGAGCAUAACAUAAACAGGCCUGUUUUAUAAUUGUGUAAACUCUUAUAUCGAUUCCCAAACAAUAACGAAAAUACAACCGUCAGCUUAAUAUUCUAAAAUAAGCUAAUUCUUUGUGUUAUAGAGUCAUCGUCUGCGUUAUAUGGUUAUCCAUGGCGCCAUGGAUCAACGUAUCAGAUUAUUGAUGUAUACAUCGGAUACACUACUAACAAUCGUGAGUCUGCCGAGAAUGCUGCGACACGAAAGUGGAACGAUCUUGUGAUGAGCACCAACAAUGGGAAAGAAACAUGUACAGAUAGAUCGUAUAUGGAUUUUGGACACUUCAUCGACCCAUCAGAGGCGUUUUUAAUCCCUGGCAUGGUAGCUACUGGAUGUACCAAAAGUGUCGAAGUAUUAAAAUAUUUGUCACGUAAUGAAACCGGUUCGGUGUGUUCCAAGAAAAACCAAACGUGCUACAAAAUACUUUCGCCAUGGAUUGGGCAGCUAAGGAACGCUUUAAAAGAAGUGAAUCAUUAUUGGAUGGAUGCCGGAAUACCCGGGAAUUGUGAGACCAUCCCAGACCUGUCAGGGGAUACCAUAUUAACUACCAGUUACUUCUACCUGGCAUUUGUGGAAGAACAAUUGGAGAAAAUUGCAAUGCGUGAAGAUGGACAAGGUUUGAAUAACGUCGUGGAGCACCUGAAUUAUUGUUUGGAUAAGCUUAAUAAUCUAUCGAUUUCACGAUGAUAAAACAGGCCUGUUUAUCUAAUUCCUCAAAUUAAAUUGCAGUUGUAAUAUAUGAUUAUCUGUUCCAAAAUAUUAUAACAUCGUUUCUUGAGAAAUACUAUUUGACUUUUAGAUCUGUAACAGAAAUAAAAAUCUUAUUUGUUCCAAAAA